ACCAAGGUUUAUGAGCGGCUAUCUGCCGGUUACGGCUUGCAGGAAAGAUGGAGUAUACUGCGUUGGGCACCGUGGAGGCCGCGGACAGCGGAGGGGCCCUGCCAUACAACAGCUCGGAGGAGCGAGAAGGCCGGGAACCGGACGGACUGCGCUUCGACCGCGAGAGGGCGCGCCGCCUGUGGGAAGCAGUGUCCGGGGCCCAACCAGUGGGGAGGGAGGAAGUGGAGCACAUGAUCCAGAAGAACCAGUGUCUCUUUACCAAUACUCAGUGUAAGGUUUGCUGCGCCUUGCUAAUUUCUGAGUCCCAGAAGCUGGCACACUACCAGAGCAAAAAACAUGCCAACAAAGUGAAGAGAUACCUAGCAAUCCAUGGAAUGGAGACAUUAAAGGGGGAAACGAAGAAGCUAGACUCAGAUCAGAAGAACAGCAGAAGCAAAGACAAGAACCAGUGCUGCCCCAUCUGUAACAUGACCUUUUCCUCCCCUGUCGUGGCCCAGUCGCACUACCUGGGGAAGACCCACGCAAAGAACUUAAAGCUGAAGCAGCAAUCCACUAAGGUGGAAGCUCUGUCGAAACGCCUUACAAACCCUUUCCUUGUGGCCUCCACCUUAGCCUUGCACCAGAAUAGAGAAAUGAUAGACCCAGACAAGUUCUGCAGCCUCUGCCAUGCGACUUUCAACGACCCUGUCAUGGCUCAACAACAUUAUGUGGGCAAGAAACACAGGAAACAGGAAACCAAGCUCAAACUCAUGGCACACUAUGGGCGGCUGGCCGACCCUGCUGUCACUGACUCAUCAGCUGGGAAGGGUUACCCCUGCAAGACGUGUAAGAUAGUGCUGAACUCCAUAGAACAGUAUCAAGCUCAUGUCAGCGGCUUCAAACACAAGAACCAGUCACCAAAAACAAUGGCAUCACCCCUGGGCCAGAUUCCAAUGCAAAGGCAGCCCAUUCAGAAAGACUCAGCCACCUUGGAAGACUAGAGGUGUUUCUGUCCAGCACCCCAGGUUGAACCAGCCGUGAGCCAGCUUCCCGUGACCAUGGUCAGCCCUUGGCUCCCUCUUCCUCCUUUCUUAUACCUGGAGAACACAUAGGCCUUAGGCAGGAGUGGGCCACAGAUAGCCUCUGAUUGGUCCAGGCUAAUCCACCCGUGCUCUUCCCCUUUGGAAUGGGCCCUCUAGGUCAGGACAAGGGAAGGGGGUGGAUCUUGAAAGGACUUGGGGCCUCACAGAAUAGUAGUUUGGAGGAUGGCCUUUCCCCUUCCCCAGCCUCUUUGGGCCAUAUGUCAUGAGCCCCAGGCCUGUCUUUCCUUUGCAGGCCAUUUUUGAACCAGUCUCUGCGGCUAAAGAACUGAGCUGUCCCUGGGCUCCAGGCAGCUCCAGUGAAACCUGGAGCUUUCACACCAGAGUUCUGCCUAGGUAGGAAAGGGCAGAUGGAAGUGGCUGCCCUAUGGGAGCUUGGAGCUAACAUGACACACUCCCUUUCCCCAAAAAGUGCAGGCUUUCCUGAGCCUGAGACCAGAUGCUGGCCAGUUACACAGUUUUCUGCCCACUGUGAAGUCUCCUCCUGGAGCAAUGACACAGUCCUGGCAGAGCAGUGCUGUCCUUCUGCCUCUUCUCCACAGUUCCUGAAUGGUGCUAAGGAUAUGCAUCAGCUGGGGAAAAGCUAGAGCUGGAGGAGGCCUCGGUAUCCAGUGGGAUUAUGAAAGCUCUAAGGGGGGGGGGCUUUUCCCUUCCUCCAUCAGAGAGGUGCUCUGACCCAGGGUCAUGUGGGAAAGCCCCCACAUGCAAGUUUUCUUGAUGAUUCUGUGCCCUUAAAAGGUGAACUAUCUCAUGCCAGCCAGCUCAAAGGUCCAUUGCUGCUCCUUGGCUCUACUAGCCCUCUCCUCCUCAUGUAGGAGACCACCUGUCCAGGUUGCUGUGGUGCUAGCCCUCUUCCAUUAUCCACCAGGAGAUUCCUGGGUACCAGGGAAAGAAAGGAGAGCCAGUGCAGGUUUCUGCAGUGAGGAAACAGGUGUUCCCCAGGCCCCAAACCUAGAUAUUUCCAACUCUGCUGUGUUUUACGGCCUGGGAUUUCACUGGGAGUGGAUAUUUCCUUGUAGCUUUCAAGCGGAAAUUCCAAGGAGUGUCACCAUCAUAGGCCCCCUUUCAUUGAGUCAAAGAAGCCCCUAGCUGCUCUCGUGGCCUCUUCCCCCCCCCCCCCCCCCGCCCCAUUGCCUAUCCCUUUGCCUGUGAAAUGCCUUUAUGUAUUGUGUAUGGGUGUGUGUGUGCGCGUGCUUAUGCUCUGUCUCUUGGUCACUGAAGCAUCUAAAUAAAGAAUUUCUCCCAUGAGCCAGACUGCAACUUAACAAACCUGGGAUUUGGGGCCAUAUUACCGUUGGAUCUAGUAUGUGUGUCUUGACCCCUCACCCUCAACCCUCUCAUACUCCCAGGGCUCUAAAUACUGAUCUAAGAAGGUGGGACAAAGAUAAACUUUUAAUUAUUUGGCAACCUGUGGGAGACUUCCCAGGUGCCCUAAACUUAAUACAACGUCAUCCACUUAUCCAUCUCCCCCUGUCACAGAGGGUCUCAUGGAGGUCGUUAGAAGGUUUAAGAUGAGAAUCUACUUUGUUUGAGAGGAUCAUUCUGGCUGUUAGGUGGAGAAGGAAUGCAGGGGAGCAGGAUAAGAGAUAGAUAAGGAAGCCAAAAUGGAGGUUGUGUCCAGUCUGGCUCUCUCCAGGCUAAUGCCUUCAGGACAGAGACCUAACCUUUUUCAUCUCAACUUCUGUAAUGUGGAGUGGUGUGUCAUGAAGUGUUUGUUGAAUGAAUGAAUGAAUGAGUAUGAGGAAAGAUGGCCUUUUCCCUCACAGCUCUUACUCAGCACUAGGUUUGUUCCAUGGACUUAGAGGCCUAGAGAUUCUUGCAGGAAGCUUUUCUAUGACCCAGAAAUGAGCUAGGGAAGGAGUGAGUGUGAUGGCCUCAGGAGCCUUUUGUCCAACCUUAGUUUCAGACAGCCAGACCUGAGGAAGGUUCCCAGGCAGCCUCAGCUCCCAUUCUUCACUCAGCAAGCCUUUCUUGGGUACCUGCUCUUGACCAGCUGGGAAAGGCCCUACGUGGCCCUCAUGGUGGGUUCUCAGCUCUCAGCUUCCAAAGCCCAGACUGUCUCAGCAAUUUCCCUGCAAUCCUUCUAAUUUAUCCAGGAUGUCUGAAUCAGCCUCAUCUAUCACGCAAGGAAAUGAAGGGCAGAAGGGUGGGUGGGCUGCUGUAUCAUGAACCUUGGCCUGCAAGACCUUAGUCUGGAUUCAGGAGUCCCUGUUAGCCGCGUGCCCAGCCCUUUCGGCAAGAGGGCACAGGGAUGAACACUUUCUUGCUCUUGGGAAGCUCACAUACUUGUUAAAGAUCAUUAUGGCAAUGGUCAGAGGGUCCUACAGAGCCCAGCAAGAAUGCCCAGGAUAACGGUCUUAACUCACCUCAGGGUAUGAAAAAGCUGGAGAAGUUGGGAAACUUGCAUUUGAUCUGCAUAACAGCCUUUUGAGCUAGGUAAUGAUACUCCAUUUUAUAGAAAAGGGUCAAAGUGAUGUACUAUGUUAUCCAAGGUCCUGGCACUAAGAAGCAACAAAAUGGAGAGUAGAAUCCAGUUCUCUAGAUUCCUCAUCCAGAACCCUUUCCAAAAAGGACCAGAAUCCUUCUGAUAUAACCCCUGGGCCUGCCUCACCUACCAUCUGGCAGGGCCAUGGGCUCAUAGAGCAAGCAGCCACAAAACAGAUUGGACAAGGGUCAGUGGUUAUUUUUUAUUCCAAGCUCCCCCAUAUUUCUCAUAAUUUUACCCAAGAUUCCCAGUUUAUUAGACUCCAGUUUAUAACUGUAAGAAACUGAUGGGAUGCCUGAGUGGCUCAGUUGGCUAAGUGUCCGACUUUGGCUUAGGUCAUGAUCUCACAGUUCGUGAGUUCGAGCCCCGAGUCCAGCUCUGUGCUGACAGCUCAGAACCUGGAGCCUGCUUCGGAUUCUGUGUCUCCCUCUUUUUCUGCCCCUCCCCUGCUUGUACUCUGUCUGUCUCUC